AUGGAAAGUGCUAUUUUAGAAAUCAGUAAUCCUGAUUUAAUACCUGCUGAAAUUACAAACGAUGAAGAUAAUAUUCCACUUUUAGACAAUAACAUGAAUUAUACUCAUUUUUUUCAAACAUAUUUAUUAUCGAAUAAACCUUGCCUUAUUAAAAACAUGACUGAUAAUUGGCCUUGUAGUUCAGAUUGGGUAAAACACAAAUCACUCAAUGUUGAAUAUUUUAGAAACCGUUACACCAAUAUAGAUGUUCCUGUAUCAAAUUGUGGGAAAAGGGAAUUUAACGAGUUUCCAUAUGAAAAUGUUUACAGAGUUCCCUGUUAUUUUGCAUCGGAUUGGUUAAAUGAAUAUUAUGAUAAUAAUCCAGAUCUCAAAGAUGAUUAUCGUUUUGUAUAUAUAGGACCUAAAAAUUCUUGGACGCCUUUUCAUGUAGAUGUAUUCACAUCAUACAGUUGGUCAAUCAAUAUUACAGGUAAAAAAAGAUGGAUACUAUUCCCACCUGGAAAAGAAAAAUUUUUCAUGGACCAGUUAGGGAACUUGAAUUACGAUAUUGAUUUAAAUAAAAUUAAUAUAGAAAAAUCGAAGGAAUUUUUAUUUUUUGAUAUUAUACAAGAAGAAGGACAAGGAUUAUUUGUACCUUCAGGAUGGCAUCAUCAAGUUUGGAAUUUGGAAGAUGCUAUUUCAAUAAAUCAUAAUUGGAUAAAUGGUUGCAACAUUCAUUUUAUAUGGAACUCCUUGAAAAAAAAUUUAUCGGAUGUGAAAAAUGAAAUUUCUGAUUGUAAAGACAUGGAUAAUUGGUCUUCUCAAGACAUUGAAAAAGAAAGAAAAAUUUUCAGUGGUUGGAACAUGGCGUUUUGGUGA